UGUUUUGGUGAUAAGAUGCCAUGAAUCUGUAAGCUUUUAGUGGAGAUGAUAAGAUGCCAUGAUUGCAUAUAGUUCUCAAGAUCACCAUAUUAUUGCUUUGCAGUUUCUCGCAUCAAUAAAAAGAGAGGAAGAGGAAAAUAUAAAUCUAAGAUGGUUGAUAUUAAAACCAUGUACGGAGGAAAAAUCAAUAUAAUUAUUCUAGAUGACAUUGAUAGAGCUGUGGGUUCUGGUGCUAGAGAUAUUGUUAAUUACUGUGGCUUGAUCAUGAGGAGCAGCAUCUCAUUUCGAGAUGGAAAUUGGCAAAAGAUUGUUUUAAAACAUGGAGAAGCAAUGUGGUAUAAGGUUAAGGACAAAUUUGAAUUUUGUGGUGGACUGCGAGAACAUAAGUUACAAGGCUUUGUGAUAAGCACUAUGCAAAGACUUUUUAGGGCAUGGAAAGCUCGAUUGCAUAAUUCUUACUCUGCCUAUGAUACUGAUGAAGAAAGAUUGUCUCAUCGACCUGAGGAUGUUGAGUUAGAGGACUGGAAAUACCUAGUUAAGUAUUUUGGCAGUGAGAAAUUCAAGAGAAAUCCUGAAUCGGGAGAAAAAGACACACCAGAUAAAGUCUGGGAGAUUCAGCAUAUACGUAAAAAAGACAACGGAGAACGUGUAUGGUUGGAUCCGCAAUCCCAACAGAUUCAUGUUCUGAAGGUGAAGAUGAGGAUGACUAUUGUAAGGUGUUGCAGGUUGUUGGAUGCUAAAGGUUCCAAGUAUGGUUGUAUUGUAGAUGUGUACAUGGGAAGUUUGCUUCUCGGAAUACAUGUUUGCAUUGGAAGAAGUCCAAAAGCUGGACCAAAGAAAGUCCAAAGUUACUUUCAAUAUGUGCGUUAUGUUUUGGUGAAAUAA